CCAAAGGCCAAAUUACCUCUCAAACCCCCAUAAACGGCAGUUUGCUAGUUCGGACCAUCUACAAACUCAGUUCGCUCAAUGAUUUCAGCAAUGACUUCUACAGUUGAGCCAAGCAUAGUUCACAUCAUGGUGACUUCUACCAUCACUGUUCCAUCACCACAAACUAUGGUUCCUUCGCAACAUCUCCAAGCUCGGCAGUGGGGAUGGCUAUCAUCUGCUCCUGCUUGGUCUGAUCCUGCCAAACCUUGGAUCCCCGAAACCCAGCCUGCCAAUCCACCAACUUCUGUAGCUUCCUGGGUUAUGACUGAAGUUCCUACUGUCAUCGUCACUCCGACUGCCACCGCAUCCCCUGCGUCGACUCACCGUGUGCUUCCGCCAUCUACGGGCGAAGGAAGCAACCCGAAGGAUCGUUCAGAUCCCAAAGAGACGCGCUCACACGCCAUUAUCGCUGGUAUGGUCGUUGGCUCGUUUGCCGCUGUCGGAUUUGUCGGUGUUGCAAUCACCUGGGUCGUUCGGAAGUGUGCUGCGCACAAGAACAAGUCCGCUUCAGUCGAUGAGGAGAACAUUGCUGGGUUGUCUGGUGAUGCUGGUAACUCUCGAGUUACUUCAACACAUACCAUGACCUCUUGUGAGCUUGCACCAGUGCGUGGCCAUUCUUUCAUCGAUCAACCUCGAGCUACCUACUAUCCGCCCCAGCCUACACACUGGCCGCCUGAGGAUGUGACGGACCGUACACUUCACUAG